AUGCCGCCACCGUUAUCAAAUACACAUCUCCGUACUCCAUUGGGUUUUAACGAAUUACUUAUAUAUUUAACACGUGAAAUUCUUCGAUCACAACCAGAGAAUAUCUAUGAAUUUUGUUUAACUACAUGUCAACAGUUGAUUAAUGAACGAAACAAUGGUAUUCUAGCUCGUGAAUUAAUAAAAUUAGAUUCAACUGAUUAUUCUCUUGACAAUCAACAAUAA